ACGCCCAUUCAAUCCCUGUUCAUUCACUCCGGCUCACAGCGAUCGCGUCGUCCGGUCGCGUGGGUGGCUCGUUGGAGGUCGUUUUCGAACGCAGUCUCUACUUUCGCGCGCGAAUUCCAUUCCGGAAAUUACUUUUGUUUUUUAACUUUUUUUCUUUUCGUGAUGCUGCCGGGAUUUUUUUAAAAUUAGUGUUAUUUUUUUUUCACAAUGGGUGAGCAAACCUUUUCGAUACCAGAUGACCAUUUGGAACAGCAUAUUGUAACGUUGUUUGAAAAGUUGGAGUGUUUACGUAGUAAUGCGAACACGAAUGACGCGUUGCCCGGGCGGGUGCCGGCGAGGAUGGAAGUGAGGACCUUGUCUUUGUGGAAGGCAGUGGUGGCGGAGUGCGCGGCUUCGUUCCUGUACGUGUUCAUAGUGUGCGGUGCGGCUGGCGGCGCCGGCGUCGGCGCCUCGGCCUCAGCUGUGUCUUUGGCCACCGCUCUAGCUUCGGGCUGUGCCAUCGCAACUUUGACUUUGUGCUUUGCCAAUAUUUCUGGAGCACACGUGAGCCCGGGGGUGUCGGUGGCGCUAUGCGUGCGCCGACGCGUGUCGCCGCUGCGUGCGGCGCUGUACGUUGCGGCGCAAUGCGGCGGCGCCAUCGCGGGCGCGGCCGCUGUCUAUGGGGUGAGCGUGCCGGGCUACGCCGGCAGCCUGUCGGCGGCGCUUCCCGGCGCGGGCGCGGCGGCGUGGGAGCGGCUGGGCGCCGAGCUAGUGCUGUCGGCGCUGGUCACCGCCGCCUAUUUCGCGGCCAUGCGGCGCCGCUGGACCGGCGCGGCGCCCGCCCUCCUCGGCGCCGCCUACACUGCUGCCAGCCUCGUCUCUAUGCCCUCGCUGAACCCCGCGCGCUCGCUGGGCCCGUCGUUCGUGCUGUCGCGCUGGGACAGCCACUGGGUGUGCUGGGUGGGCGGCGUGGGCGGCGGCGUCGCCAGCGCGCUCCUGCACGAAUGGGGCUCGCGGAGGCCUCGUACCGGCGCCGGAUCGCGCGCGUCGUCGCCGCGGGACCUCGACGAGCUGGACAAACCGGCUUUCCCGCACCACUACCGGCACGCGGCCACGUACUGCGCGGCGGCGGCGCCACGCCCUGACACCGCGGAGCCGCUCUACUCCGGCACCAAGUCGCUGUACUGCCGCUCGCCGCCGCCCGCGCGCCACCCGCUGCACAGGUCCCAAUCAGUGUAUAGUAAAGGCAGCGCGGCGACGGCGGCGACUGCGGCGACGGCGACGGCGGGCGCGCUGGCGCCGGCGCAGUCGCUGCUGCUGCGGCCGCAUGCGCACGCGCACCUCGCGCACAACCAGAAUGCGCACAACGCGCAGCGCGACCCAGCCUACGGCGCGCGCCCAGGGCCCGCUGGUGCAGCAGUGUCGGAGCGGCGAGAGUCGGUAUACAGCUCGGGCGCGGGCAGCGCCAGUAUGGGCGCCGGCGUGGGCACUGGCUUGGGCGCAGGGGCACGGCGUGGCGCCCUGCCGUCCGACGACAGCGCCUACGGCAGCGGCACCUACCGGCCCUACCGACCACACCCCCACACGCCGCCCGACCAUUACUAGCGACGCGCCUCGCAGCACAACAUUGCGCUGCUCUUCGACGUCUAAACUCGUCGACAUCGAAACUAAUUAGUGCACAUCCCGAAUGUGAUCGGAACUCCUUCGAGCUCAUCGUUUGUCAAACGAAACCUACGGAGGGACCGUACUCGACGCUAGUGACGUUUAUAUGCCAAAGUGUCUGACUAUUAUAGUGCACGCAGAUGGACUAAUGCCCGUAUUCACAAACGAUGCUUGCUUAAGUGAAGCAGCAAAUCGAACGCACAGCGUUGAAUAGAGCUCUGUGAUUGGUUCGUGUGUCACCCUGUGCGUCCACGCGCACUGUGAGACCUCAUAGUAAUGUUUGUAAAUACGGGCAUAAGAUAAUAAUAAUAAUAAUUUCGCAAUGACAAUUCUUUUACACAGGCAAUGGCACAUGAAGCUAACCUCUGUGGCAUCAUAUUGUGGUUGUAAGACUUGUAAGUAAGCUGCUAUUUUGUAACAAAAGUGUGUAGUAUGAUGUGCUGUCGACAGAACAAACUUAUCAGUGGUGUUUUAGAAGAAGAAACACAGUAUAAUUAUAAUUCUUUUGUAAAAAUAAACAAUAUCUUACCCUAAACGCUUAACGUAAGGUGCGCGCACGGGUGACUUUUUUUGUCGCCGUGACAGUAUUACGAGUAUCCGUGAUAAUAAAGUAUAUCCGUUUCUUUUACACCUUUACAAAAUUAAAUAGAAAAAGCGAGACAUAUACAUAUUAUACUCUCACGGUGACAAAAGUGAACCGCGCGCGCGCGCCGUUGUUAACUGGUUCGCGUCGAAAACCAACAAAGUUAUGAUUAGUAUAGAUACCUAUUUAGAUAUGUAUCUAUGUAAGUAAAAAAUUAGUAGUUUUAAUAAGAAUAUUUCUCGUUCUUAUCCUGUCGCUUUAACUGACCUAACCACUGUGGCAUCAUACAUCACAUAGACUGAAAAAAUAAUUUAAUUAACUUACAUGCCAACGAAUAAUUAUGAGUAUUUUGGAAAAUAUUUCAAUUACAACUUACUAUUUAAUGUUGAUAAGCAACUACAAUAAAUACAGUAAUGUUCUAACGUUUUAAGCGUAGUAUGAAAAUAUUUUACAAUCUUGUAAUUAUUAGCUUUUAUUGCUACUUUACUUUUACAAUGAAAUACCUACUUAACAAAGAGACCACGUGAUUUAUUUUAAUGUAUUGUAUAAAAACUCCCAUAAAAAAAGACGUAGUUUUUUGCCAUUUUUUACUCAAUAUUAUUAUAACAAAACUAGCUUUCCGCCCGCGGCUUCGCCCGCGUGGAAUUUUGUCUGUCACAGAAAAACUUUAUCAGGCGCGUUCCUGUUUCAAAAACCGGGAUAAAAACUAUCCUAUGUCCUUUCCCGGGACUCAAACUACCUCUAUGCCAAAUUUCAUUAAAAUCAGUUCAGUGGUUAAGGCGUGAAAGAGAGACAGACAGACAGAGUUACUUUCGCAUUUAUAAUAUUAGUAUAGAUUGUCGUACGGAACCCUUCGUGCACGAGUUCGACUCGCACUUGGUCGGUUGUUUGCAAGAUUGCAUGCGUACGAGUUGCACCGCCCGGCUCCACUUUUUCCUUUGAUCUUGUAUAAAAUUUUAUAAUAAUAUACCUACAUUAUUAUAAUGUCUAAAUUUAAUUAGAUAGAAUUUAAAAUUACUUUCUCGACAAAAUGUACAUACGUUGUUAUUGUGAAAGUUUUAAAAUUAAUUACUACGUAGUUGUCAUCAUGAAGUGAACCCUAUUGACUAUAUUGUAUGUGGACCAAAUAGUGGAAAAUUUUAGCCAAAAAUAAAACGAAAUGUUAUUUGUACCUGUUAA